ACCCGCUUAGUGCCACACUGCCAUAAUAUUACCAUAUAUUACCAUCACACAGGUGGAUGAUCAGGCAGGUUCAGCGCGCUCAACACUUAAAGCUUUUUUUUUUUUAGUAAAUACUCUCUUAGUUUUAUUUCACCUGUUGCAACAUAUGUGAACAAGCUCCAAAAUAAUGUGCUGUGAUUGAUUAGCACUGACUUGAAUAUUGUAUCUGCCUUAAAAAUUUAGCCUGAAAUUUACUCUACAUCCAAAAUGACAAUGUUGAGAAGGACGUUGAAAAUUUUUUGUGUAAGUGCUGUUGGGUUAGGAACAUUUGCAUCAUUUAGGGCAAAUGAGUAUGAUGUAAGUUCCACUGGUAUUAUGAGACUAUAUCGUGCUUCAAUUACUAUUUUUGAUAUUGGUAGAUAUUAUAAAAGCCAUUUGUAUAAAAAUGGCCUUGAUCCAAAUUCCAAUGAAUACUUUGCUAAAAAAUCGGACGCGCAUGCCUAUGGAGCCAAAAAAUUACUGGAACUUUGUUGUGCUAAUAAAGGAAUAUACAUAAAAGUUGGUCAACAUAUUGGUGCACUUGAUUAUCUGCUGCCAAAGGAAUAUGUUCAUACAAUGAGAAUUCUGCAUAAAUCUGCUCCUGAGUCUUCUUUCUCCGAUGUACUGGCAGUGUUGAAAGAAGAUUUAAAAAAAGAUCCUUAUGAUAUAUUUGAGUCCAUAGAAAAAGAGCCCCUAGGUGCUGCCAGUUUAGCUCAAGUCCACAGGGCAGUAUUGAAAGGUGGUCAGCAGGUAGCUGUGAAGGUACAGCAUCGAGCUGUGAAAACAAAUUCAUUUGUUGAUAUAAAAACCAUGGCUGCCUUAGUUAAAAUUACUUCAUGGAUUUUCCCAGAGUUUAAAUUUGAUUGGUUAGUAGCCGAAACAAAAAAAAAUCUACCUAAAGAGCUGGAUUUUAUUAAAGAAGGAGAAAAUGCUGAGAAAGUAAAAAAGUUAUUUAGUCAAUACACUUGGUUACACAUACCGGAAAUAUUUUGGAAUUUAUCAUCUAGUAGGGUUCUAACGAUGGAAUAUAUUGAAGGGGGACAAAUUAACGACUUGGAGUACUACAAAGAUCAUAAUAUCAAUCCAUACGAAGUUGCUAAUAAGUUGGGUCAACUUUAUAGCCAUAUGAUAUUUAUCACUGGCUUUGUUCAUUCGGAUCCACAUCCAGGAAACAUAUUAAUAAGAAAAAGAAAAACCAAAACAGAACUUGUACUCUUAGAUCAUGGAUUGUACGCUGAAUUAUCAGAUCAGUUCAGAUGGGAGUACUCAAACCUGUGGCUUUCUAUUCUUAAUAAAGACAGGGUUGCAAUGCGAAAUUAUUGCAAUAAUCUAGGAGUUGGUAGCAUGUUUGAACUUCUCGUUUGUAUGAUUUCCGGCAGGUCAUGGGAAACAAUUGUCGGUGGUGUACAAAAAAAAAUGUAUACGUCAUCAGAAUUAGAUCUUUUUUACAAAGAAAUGCCGAAUUUGAUCCCAAAAAUGAUUGAAGUUUUACAAAGAGUAAACAGUCACAUGUUAUUAAUUUUAAAAACCAAUGACCUGAUUCGUAGUAUUGAGUACACUUUGAAAACUCAUGCUAGAAUGUCAGCUUUCGUGCAAAUGUCAUCAUGUUGUGUUAAAUCUAUUUAUGCAGAAAAAAAAAGACACUGCUCUACCAAGUACUCUAAACUUAUCAUGACAAUGGAAGAACACUGGUCGCUUUUAAAAAUUUUCUUGUAUUAUACAUACCUAAGUAUUAUUAAUUUUGAUUUUAAAUCCGGUCUUCUUUAA